AUCUCUACAACUUGACUUUAUAACGUCAUUACUCAUUCGUUCGAUCUUCAUUUUAUUACGUUUUGUUACGUUAGUUAUACGUAUAGUUUAAUCAUAUAAGUAUACUAAUUAUUUUUACAAUUUCUAUAGUUUAGUGCACUGUUAUAGAACACGAAGGAGUAAUUACGCAGUCGGAGAUGAGUUUGCGACAAAGAAAGUUAAGAGAUGAUACCUCAGCCUCACAUAUCAACGUAAGAUCUAGAACACUAAAGCAACCUCGUCGUUUGAAGAAAGUAUUCAUUCUUCUUAUAGUUUUAGCACUUUUUGUGACAUACUUUUUAGGAUUAUUCGCUGGCCAAACACAAUGGUUGGACGGCAUCGCCAAAAGUUUAGGCUACGAGAGCGUACAUCACUACGCGGUGAUCAUCGACGCCGGCUCCUCCGGCUCCAGGGUGCUGGCGUAUAGGUUCAGGGUGCCAUUCACAGUGUUUGGACAAGCGAAUCUGGACCUAGUAGAUGAGUAUUUCGAGCAAUCAAAGCCCGGAUUGUCGUCGUUUGCCGAUGAACCGGAAAAGGGCGCGGACACAAUAGUUCAACUUAUAAAAAAAGCAGAGUUCCUCAUACCUGCAGAGAAGAGGAAGUCGACACCGCUCAUAGUCCGCGCGACGGCCGGUCUCCGGCUGCUGCCCAAGGACAAAGCGCAGCAGUUGCUUGUACACGUGUCCAAAGCUAUAGCGCCAUUGGGAUAUGAUGUGGGACCGAACAGUGUCGAAAUAAUGGACGGCUCAGACGAGGGCAUCUUUAUUUGGUACACGUUGAACUUAUUGCACAACCUAAUGGACGGCGAGACGAUGGCAGCACUGGACCUCGGUGGCGGGUCGACGCAGAUCACGUACCAGCUGAACGACAGAGACGUCAAACAGUACCCUGCCGGCGACCGGUACCUCGUGCCCGCAGGGAACAAUAACAUCACCCUGUAUACACACAGCUAUCUGAACUUGGGCCUGUUGGCAGCGCGCUACGGCAUUUUCCGCAUGGAGGCUGGAGACAACAAUACCAAUGAGUUCACGUCUGUCUGUGUCGACCCUAUCGUGCAGCGCGAGCCGUGGACGUACGCAAAUAAACAGUACAUCAUCAGCGGUGCGGCUCGGCCAGCCGGCAUGAAGCGCGAGGCGGUGGUGGCCCGCUGCCACGCAGCGGUGGCCCGAUACGUGGCCCGCACGCUCGACUGGGAGCCGUCGCAGCCGCCGCGCGGCAACGUCGCCGCCAUGUCCUACUUCUACGACGUCGCAGCGGACGCCGGCAUCAUCGACGUGAUGGUGGGCGGCACGGUGCCGGUGGGCGCGUUCCGCGCGGCGGCGCUGCGCGCGUGCGCGGCGUCCAACGUGGAGCAGCCGUGGGCGUGCACCGACCUGGUGUACGUGCUGGCGCUGCUGCACGACGCCUACAAGAUCCGCGACCACCAGCCCGUCUCGUUAUUCAAGAAGGUGAAUGGUCACGAGGUGUCGUGGGCGCUGGGGCUCGCUUACACCACCGUCAUGAACCGCAUCGCGGCGGAGGCGGCUGCGGCCGCCGCUGCGUAGUGAAUUAGACUCUAUUUUGUACUAGAUAAGACACAUUCUAAAUUCGGGCAACUAUUACCUCUGCGGUGUACAUGUGAUAUAAGGUAUGGUUUUUUUCUUUCAUAUGUUACUUACUGUAGCUUCCAGUAGGACGGCAUUAGCUCGUGUUUACAACUUGGUUUUUUAUUCUGUGACAUUUUAUAUUACAAUACAAAGAGUAUGCGAUGAAGGCUUUGAUUGGACACAAUUUAUUUGAAAAUACAUUUUGAAAUGCAAUUUUUUUAGAAAGUUUUGCAUGUCGUAAAUACAUACACUUUUAUUCAUAAAAACUAAAACCUUUUACAAGCAUAUUUUAACUAUUACACUGUUUUGUCACUUUCUUGCAAAUUGACAAUUUAGCAUAAAAGAAAGAGACAGAACUGUUGAAUAGCUAAAAUGGGUUUAUGAUGUUUUUAUGAAUAAAGGCGUUAGAUUAUAUACUCGUAGAUUGUUUGAAGUUACAACGGAUUUAAUUCUAAUUGAAGAAAUAUAGAGAACUCUCAAUAACAGGCAAUUAUUAAUUUAUUCAUCAUAGAAAUAUUGUUAAUAUAAGAUAUUAAUAAGCACACGUCCUUUCAUUUCUGCACAUUUGUGUAUAUGUAUUAGGUAAUAUCUUUGUUAUAUUAGAUGUAUGUGCAAAUUUAAUAUUGGGCGAGUAUUUUUUAUUUUUUUUUUUUAAUAAAAUAAACAUCCUAAUUGCCAAAAUUAGUAAACCUGUAAUGUGUGAAGAGCUUGAUUCCUCUUUUGUAUUUUUAGAAUAUAAAUGCCUAUACAUAUAUUUGUAUUGUUUUUUGUUUACUAUAAAUGAUUGUGAUAAAAUAAAGGAUUAGGUUAUUAAAUGGAACGUUUGGGUAAAUCCAGUGAGUGAAAUAAAAUUCGCAAUAAUUAAUUUAUUUGUAUAAUUCAAUUGAUGCUUGGAUAUUGUUGGUGCUUGGUGCAAAUUGGAAUUCAUCCUUAUAAGCGAGAAAGUUUAUAUAUAUAUAUGUAUAUGUAGAUACAUAUGUAUACAUAUGUAUUGAUUUAAUAUUGUCUUGAUACAUUCAAACCGGUCGGAUCACAAAAUAUAGUUUAAUAAAUAUAUUUGGAACCAUUUCUGUGUUUUCUCGCUUAAAAAGAUGAUUUUAAAUAAAUUAUUUUUUAAUUAAUUAAUAUAUACAUAUAAUCGUGAAUAUUCUCUUUUAUUUGUUUUUUUCUUAUUUUGUAACGUGCGUGUAAAACUACAAAGUUUAAGGGCUGGUUUAUAUUUAACAAGAUGCAACACAAGUCUUCCUUGUGUUUUGUUUACAAGCAUACGCCCCCUAAGAGUUUGCCUACGCGAAUCAGCAAGGGGACAAGUUUCUUUGUUAAUUAAUUUUCUAUAUUAUGACAGAGUUGGUACUAAAAAAUUCUGUGAUGCGCUUCGUUAGGUGUGUACCGGUCUUUAUAUAAAUCUAUACAAGAAGGUGAUAGUAAAAUCAUUAGCAUGUUUUAAGACAAAACAAAUCUUCAAAGACUCUUUAUUAUUCUUUGUUUUAUUUUUUAUUCUUUGAAACUAACUUAAGAAAUCCACAACAAACAAGCUUCCCAAAGGCUAACUGUAAGAGAUCCCUUUAUGGGAUAAGUUCGUCUCUAUCCGUAUAUUAAAUUUUUUUUUUUUAUUUUACUUACUUUCAUCUUGUUUUGUCAUCGUAUCAAAUAAAGAAAAAUUAACAGUUUUAUUCAUCUUUUUUUACCAAUUAAUGAUCAUAAAUUGAUCAUUAUGGCGACUGUGAUGUGAUUGACAAAAAAACUGUAAUUGUUUAUACCAUUAGGAUAUGAAAUGUGUCUCGUUAGUUUGGGUUUUUUUUUAAUGCGUGAAAAUGGAAUGGCAACUCCGCCUGCGCUACUAUCAAGUACUAACAACAAAGCUACUAACUAUCCUUUUCCCCCUGUAAGUUUGCGUUAGUAGGAUCAACAUUGUUUCAUCGUAUUUCGACUAGUAAAUCUUUGAUAUAUAUAUUGAGUUUUUCUAGUACAAGCGAAGCAGUUGUGUUUGCAUGGCUGUGUUUCGGUUUGAAGGGUGGGAUAUGGCGUGAAUUUAUUGGGUACGGAGGAAUAACACCUGAUUACUCUGAAGAAUGGCAACGCAUGGGGGGUAUCAUGGGCGAAACAGUAUACUCUGUUAUGUCCAUGGUACUGCUCGUGUCUAUAGGCGACGGUUACCACUUUCCAUCAGGUGGGCCGUCAGCUUGUUUGUCAUUCUAAGUUGUAUAAAAAAAAAACUGUCUUAAAAGGAUGCUAAUGAUUUUGGUUUCACGCUUUUAUUAUAAAAUAAUAUCAUAAUUCAUUCGUCGUUGUGAAAUGAGUUGUUAAGUUGAUUUAGUUCAAGGAACAAUAAAAAUAUUUAACCAUGAUAUUUGCUAGAUAAUUUUCACGUGGGCGAUAUUUGUAAUUUUGUUUAUAAAUCUAUAAUGUUAUUAGAAUGGGGUUUGUUGUAUCGUAUCGCCAUCUGGUGGCGUAAUCAUCAAACAAUUGCUUCACGUCUUACAGAUUUUAUUUCCUAAUAGAAAGUAAUAUAACUUCACAAUUUAUAUUAUUUUUAAGUAUAAAAUGUGUUAAAUUUUUCUAUAUAAAUUGAGAAUGAUAAUUUUGAUGUAAUUUUAAUUCGUGUUAUAUUAAAUUUAUACAAUAUAAUCAAUAAUAUGCAAUAAUAUUAUUAGUCGAAUAUGUAUAUAUUUAUGACUGUCAUUAUAUACUAUCACUGUUUUAAUCAUUGGUUGAAAACAUGCACCUUUUAUUCAUAAAAAUGUUAAACCGCUAAAGGUACUUUAACUGUUAUCGUCACUCUCUCCUCUCUCAAAUAAAGUAUUACCCUCGAAAGAAAGAGACGGAGCAUUUAAAGCACUAUUCGCACUCAUCCGUAUCGACAUAUGACGUUUAGCUUACGUUCUUCAUAUUCUCACAUGAAUUUUUAGCCCAGAAUAUUUUCAGGGACGGCAGAGCAAAUGAUUGUGUACAUAAAGAAGAGAAACCUUUUACACAAUUACUGUUACUUAGAAUUUUAUUAUAUAUUUUACCAUAAUCUUAUAUUUGCAAAACACGAAUUGAAUUUUGUGCUCCCGUUUGCAUCUUGUGAUUAUAAACAGUUGUGAUACAUCAACUGUCUCUAAAACAAUCUCUAAACGACUAUGCAGAGUGGGGUUUUUCCAUCAUGCCGCAUAAUAAUAUUAAUUAACACUGAUGAGAUAGCAUGGCAUAGACUGACCGGUACGCCACUGAGCAUCAAAUGUCGAACACUGACGAGUGUGCAUAGGCCUUAAUAUCUGAAAUAGAUCUCUUAGUAAAUAUACUUAAAAUUGAUCUAAAACAAGAAUAUAUUUUAUAACUUUGUUUAGAUAAAAGUCCUAAUAAAAAUGGUGUUAUUUCUUAACAAGGUUUUUGAAAUUUUCAUGUUUUUAGAUCGAUAUUUCACUAAAACUCAUUUGGUCAUGACAACAGACGGUCGAUAUUUUUAGGAAUAAAAGGAUUAAUAUAUUAUUUUUAAAAUUUAUGUUCAUUUUUAAUACGAUGUCUAUAUACGUAUAUAACGGGAAAUUUACGAAGUCACCGUGUUUACCGUUUUCGACAAUUGUGUUUCGACUUUAUCCGGAAAUCUUCUUCAGUGGGCGAAUUUCCGGAAUAAGUCGAAACAAUUGUCGGAAACGGAAAAUACGUUGAAUUCGUAAAUUUUUUAUUAUAUAUGUAUAUAGAUAUAGGAUUAAUAUAAUUUGUGAAAAUAAUGGUUGUACUAACCUGAACAAUGUAUAGUUUUGUACAGUGUUUAUACCUCCCUAUGUAAGCACGCAUACAAAUGCUAUCGGAUAUUUUUAUGGGUGUAUCUUACCAUUUUGGAUGGAAUGUAUGUAUAUGUUUUAUAUUGCUUAUGUACUUAGGUAUUCGGAUGUACCUAGUAAUGUGGUGAAGUUGGUGUUAUGUGUACAUUGUACAAAUUUAAUAAAUGUUGGUUCUAAAA